AUGGCAGAACCAGGACCCCAAAAGCCGAUCACAUACAAAUACAACCACCAGACUUUCGACGCGCCACAGUAUGCAGCGAAGCUCUGCGAAGCCAAGCGCAGCAUCAAAGCCGCAGCGUACUGGUCCAUCUUCGACGUGUUGCUCGUAAAAGGCGUUGUGAACCUCGUCUGCACCGUUUGCAACAAGUCCUAUAGCGCGAAGAACCCGUCAGCUGUCUGCCUGGAUCACUAUGCGAAGCACCAGAAGGACGUCGCCAGCGCGGUCGGAAGCGAGCAGUCCGGGGCGCCCACAACCAACAGCACGAAGCGCUCGCGCGCGGAGGAGGGGCCAGUUCGGACCUUCUUCCUCGCUGCAGUGCAAAUCGCCACCUUCCUGAAGCACCUGGCUCUUUUCUUCUUCAAGUGCAACAUCGCCCUCCAACUGAUCGAGCACCCCGACCUCGUGAAGGCGUGCAAGGCUGUUGGCAUCACCCUCCCCAGCCGCAAGAAGCUUGCCUCGACCGUGCUUGACGAGGCGUUAGAGCCGAACGGGCCUGCUAAUUAG